GUGGCUCUGGUGCGUCCUGGUGCCGGCCCUGUUCCGCGGGGCGGGAGGCUCGGUCCCCCUCCCGCCGAAGCUCUUUGGGGAGGUGACGUCCCCUGGGUUCCCCAAGCCUUACCCCCACAACUUCGAGACGACCACUGUGAUCACGGUCCCCACGGGGUACAGGGUGAAGCUUGUCUUCUGGCAGUUUGACCUGGAGCCUUCUGAAGGCUGUUUCUAUGACUAUGUCAAGCUCUCUGCCGAUAAGAAAAACCUGGGGCGAUUCUGCGGGCAGCUGGGCGCUCCCCUGGGCAACCCCCCGGGGAAGAAGGAAUUCCUGUCGCAAGGGAACAAGAUUCUGCUGACCUUCCACACGGACUUCUCCAACGAGGAGAACGGGACCCUCAUGUUCUACAAGGGCUUCCUGGCCUACUACCACGCUGUGGACCUCGACGAAUGUGCUUCCCAGAGCAACUCGGGCGAGGAGGGCCGCCAGCCCCGGUGCCAACACCUGUGUCACAACUACGUCGGCGGCUACUUCUGUUCCUGCCGUCCAGGCUACGAGCUGCAGCAGGACGGGCACUCCUGCCAGGCGGAGUGCAGCCACGAGCUGCACACGGAGCCGUCAGGCUACGUCUCCAGCCUGGAGUACCCCCGGCCCUACCCGCCCGACCUGCGUUGCAACUACAGCAUCCGGGUGGAGCGCGGCCUCACCCUCCACCUGAAGUUCCUGGAGCCUUUCGAAAUUGACGACCACCAGCAAGUUCGCUGCCCCUAUGACCAGCUGCAGAUCUAUGCCAACGGGAGGAACAUCGGCGAGUUCUGUGGGAAGCAGAGGCCCCCUGAUCUCGACACCAGCAGCAGCGCCGUGGACCUGCUGUUCUUCGCGGACGAGUCGGGCGACAGCCGCGGCUGGAAGCUGCACUACACCACGGAGAUCAUCAAGUGCCCCCAGCCCAAGACCCUAGACGAGUUCACCAUCAUCCAGGACCUGCAGCCUCAGUACCAGUUCCGCGACUACUUCAUUGCCACCUGCAAGCAAGGCUACCAGCUCGUGGAGGGGAACCAGGCGCUGGUCUCCUUCACGGCCGUCUGCCAGGAUGACGGCACAUGGCAUCGCGCCAUGCCCAGGUGCAAGAGUAAGUCGCAGUGCCCCCGGGGGCCUCCCACCACAGCCGCGGGGACCUGGGCCAAGGGGGAAAGAGGGAGUCCAGACGGGGCCUCUCCCCCGGAGACCCUCCCCUGCUGUGUCCUAGGAGAGGGGUGGCGCCUCUCGGGACCCA